AUGUCCAGAUUCGCUAAGAUUUCUUGCUCCUUGGUGGUACUUAUCCUGGCUCUCGGUAUGAUUAAAGCUCUGCCAGCUAGGUCCGCCAGGCAGCAGACUGCAGCACCCUAUCCAUCCGCCGAGGAACUGAAGCCUGAGGUACCCUUCGAGGAAGGCGUACCCGAUCAGACUUAUGGCCCACCGGAUCAGACCUACGGUCCACCACCCACCGAUGACGUUGAGCAACUGCCUAGUGACGAGGAACCACAAGAUUUUACACCCGAUCCGGAUGCAGAAGAAGUUCAGCCGAUCCAGCAGGCCCCACUCGCUCGCUUGACCAACCUUAGCCGAUUGCCAAGUGCCCGAGGAUUGGUAUUCCUUUCAAGAAAUCCGUUGAGAAUUUUAGGGCCAAGUCUGGCCCGCCUUCCAGUGGCCAUCCUGGGAUAG